AUGGAAGCUUUGCGAAGCCUGACCACCCCUUUGAGAAAGCACGACCGGUCCGUCGGAAGCACGAUGCCUCUCUACACCAUCGGAAGCCGCGCCCCCGCAGGCCUACAGUCCACACAGCCAUUUACUGCAAUGACCAUCGAGGAGCUGCUGGAUAAACUGCCUGAAUGCGACCAUGCGACCAUAUCCCAGCACUGGUUGCCCGCUAUGCGCAGUCAACUGCAGAAGAUGACGACUCUGCUCAACGAAGCUUGUAACCUGAAACUCGAGUCAAGCGUUGAUCAAGUAAACCUGAGUAGUGUAAGAAGCUCGACCUUUGCGACCACCUUUGGCACUGACCUUCCUCAGGCCCUCAAAUCCUUCUGCGAUCAACUGCGCUUGAUCACGGCCGAGUACCGCAAAAUUGUCGAGUCCGCGGAAUCGCUUGCUGAACGAGAUAACAAGGUCUCUCACGAACAACUGAAUGAACUCGAAGGGCAGGUAGAGGAAGCUUUGGAGAGGAUGACGGCCAAAGACAAGGAAAUCGAAGACAAAGACCGAAGAAUAUCAGAACUUCGAAAUACCGUUCACGAAGUCACCCGCCUCUUGGGCACAUUCAUCCAGAACAAUGUCCCUAGCUGGGCGCAUACCAUCGACGAGCCCAAGACUCUACAGGUUCUUCGAAUCAUAGCCGACUACACGCGCAACGAGCCUCACGAGUCUGUGGAUUACGUUCGAAUCGCCGAGGAGACCCUAGAUAAAUAUGUUGGAGAUUUGCGCGACGCGCGAAACCUCAUCAGAGACUAUCGCAAGGUAUUGCAUGGGCAGGGAGCCAUGAUCCAAGACCAGUCGAAAAACCUCGACGCAUCCGUGGACAGGUACGACAAGGCAGUCAAGCUUGUCCAGCAGAAGGAUCACGAGCUUUUGCUUCUUGUGCAACAGAACGACGAUCUAAGCAGAGACUUGCAGGAAUGUCGAGCCGCACUUGCCGAGAGCCAACAGAUGCGGACGGACUCGGAGAGGAUGGAAAGAAGAUAUGAAGAGCUGCGAGGGACUAUGGUCAGCAUGCAAACGAGCUAUACACUGGAACUUGAUCAACGCGAUGCCGAGAUAUCGAAUCUUCGUCAAAAGCUGGGUAGUGCUCGCGAGGAGGUUUUCGCGCGACGGGAGGAUGUCAAGAACGUCAUCUCCCAAGCCAACGCGAUGCUCCAGCCGCCUACCGAUGCAGCCGCCAUGGCUGCAAAGAACAGCAGCACGUCCAAAGCCUUGAGGUUCUUUGGAAUGGAGAGGGACAAAGACAAAUACCGCAAGGGCACUCUCCCCACGAGUUACAGCAUGAUUGGACUCCCAUCGGAGGAUUCGAGGUUCUCGUCCAAGGAGGUGGCUUCCACGGUCGAUCGCGCAGCACUUCGCCACAGACCUUCUUUGCAGACACACGCAAAUCCGCGAGCAUUGACGACACCAAAUACACCCAUUGAUAGCUGUCAGAGUUCGAACGAGACUGUCAUGACAGCACCAACGUAUCGGCCACGAUCUGAUUCACUCGGUGCUGUACGUUGUGGCGCUCCCACUACAUCUUCCAUAGAUACCGACAAGUCGCUUCCUGACCCCCCAGCGUACCCGAGGCCUCAUCCCCUGGCGGCUCGAGUUGCUGAAAUUGCUCCGUCAAUCGAGAGCCCCCUCGCGGCACAGAUCACAUCAGAUUACUUUAAGAAUGGUAUCAUGGGACAGACCGCUGCGCGACGCGUGCUCAGCAAAAUCACCGAAGUUUCCGAUAUCAACUCAUCUCCGGACAGUGGCCUCCAGACGGAGCGAGUUCUGGAUGAAAACAAAUCCGACCACAGUGUCGCCAGCAGCGAUCGUGAAGUCUACCGUAAGAGCAUCUGCGCGUUGGAUAUGUUGAACUUAUCCAGUGGACUACCCUAUAGCGACACGGAAACCGACAUUGAACGAAUAAUUCGUGGUGGAGGUCCUAGGAGUCCACCGAAGCCCAGCUAUUUUCAUGCCUACCAGGAAUAUGAAGCCCGCGACGAUGGAGGAAGACAGCAGCAGCAAGACGAGUAUGAUGAAGAACAAGUUCACACCGGUGUGGCGCAUGUCCUCCACCUUCGACCGGGAACACGGAACCUCAGAGGAGCAAGUGCAAGGUCGAGCGAAGCAGACAGUCGGGAGUACGAGAGUGAUUCUGGACGAGAAGGGAGACGGGAGAGACUUAGGGAGAGCAUGGUGAGCAACGAGUCGGGCUAUCGCACAGAAGACUCGGAACCAAAGACUGUGGCUCAGCUGUAUCAUCAGGGGAGACGGCAUAUUCGUGGUUGA